AAGCCAGACGCCAGCCGGGCGGAAGCCACCCUGGCGGGCUGGACGGCGGGAGCGCGGGUGGGCUUUUAAAGGGACCAGCUCCGCCCGGGCCCGUUCGCCUACGGGGACUUCGGAUGCAUUCUGCCAUCUCCCUACCUCGUCGCGGCGCCCGGCCAUGGCCAGACCACCCGCCCCGGGCUCAGUGAUUGUCCCAGACUGGCACGAGAGCGCCGAGGGCAAGGAGUACUUGGCCUGCAUCCUGCGCAAGAACCGCAGACGGGUGUUCGGGCUGCUGGAGCGCCCAGUGCUGCCCCCGUCCGUGGCCAUUGACACAGCCAGCUACAAGAUCUUCGUGUCUGGGAAGAGUGGUGUGGGCAAGACGGCGCUGCUGGCCAAGCUGGCUGGCCUAGAGGUACCUGUGGCACACCACGAGACCACUGGCAUCCAGACUACUGUGGUGUUUUGGCCAGCCAAGCUGCGGGCCAGCAACCGUGUCGUCAUGUUCCGCUUUGAGUUCUGGGACUGCGGGGAGUCUGCCCUCAAAAAGUUUGACCACAUGCUGCCGACUUGCAAGGAGAAAACAGAUGCUUUCCUCUUCCUCUUCUCCUUCACCGACCGUGCCUCCUUUGACGACCUCCCUGGACAGCUGGCUCGAGUAGCAGGCGAGGCCCCUGGUGCUGUCAGGAUGGUCAUCGGUUCCAAAUUCGACCAGUACAUGCACACUGAUGUGCCUGAGCGUGACCUCACGGCCUUCCGGCAGGCCUGGGAACUGCCCCUCUUGCGGGUGAAGAGCGUGCCGGGGCGGCGGCUGGCAGAUGGGCGCACACUGGAUGGGCGGGCCGGGCUGGCCGACAUUGCCCAUGUGCUCAACGGCCUGGCGGAACAGCUGUGGCACCAGGACCAGGUGGCAGCGGGCCUGCUCCCCGGCACCUCAGAGAACAUCCCCAGCUGAUCCCUGCUCCCACCCGUGACGCAGGGCAGAGGGCAGGACCAGGUCCUAAGGCCGAGGCAGGAACGGGGAUCUCAUCCUGAGGACUAGCCAGAGGGGCCCGUCAGGAGGGCGAGGAGGACAGUGCCCUGAGAAGUCUCCUGCCCCAGCGGCACCUUCCUUGCAGAAAUCACAGCAGUGAGGUGGGGCCAUGAGGCUCUGUGCAUCAGUGGCCUAAGGGCAUCUGAGGUCUCCCUGGCCUUCUCCCCGACCACCCCCCCCUUGGAGGGUCUAGGCUCUGGAAACUGAGGAAGUAUAGGGGCAGGGCCUUAGGACUCAAGCUUCUCCCCCUCCCUCCCCUGCACCUGCUGCCCUCCCAGAGAGGGCACCUGGGAAGGGAGGAUAUCCCAGCCCGGCCCUGGACCUUAAGCGACUUCAAUCAAGAGCCUGUGUUCGUUGAGGCCACACGAUCUGCUGUACCGGAUAAACCCUGAAAUCUCAGUGCCUUAACUCUA